AUGAAUUAUAAAAUUAUUGAUAAGGUUGAAGAGUGCAGAGAGGUGGUAGAAAAUUUGUUUAAGAAUGAAGCAAUUUAUGUUGAUUCUGAAGGUGUGAAUUUGGGAAAACAUGGAAAUCUCACCCUCUUACAAGUUGGUACAUGGAAUGGUUUUGUUUAUUUGUUUGAUAUUCAGGCGGAAACGAAGAUGUUCCAGGAAGGAGGAUUAAAGCGUUUACUAGAAAGUGACAAUGUUCAGAAGGUGAUCCACGCAUGUAGUCGUGAUAGUGACGCACUGUAUCAUCACUUUGGUGUUACAUUAAAUAAUGUAUUUGAUACACAAUGCGCUGAUUUGAUUCUACAAGAAAAUGAGGGAAGAUUAAUGGCAACAGUCAGAAAAUUGUCAGACGUUUGUGAAAUUUAUGGCGGUAAAAAAUUAGACAACAAAGAAGAAAUCCAGAAAACAUGGAAUAAAACUAUUGCAAACUAUUGGGAACUUCGUCCAAUGUCCUCAGAAAUGAUUGAAUAUGCAUGCAACGACGUUGUCGUAUUGCCGGAAAUCUAUAAAAAUCAAAAAAGAUUGUUGGAAGAAAAGAAUUUAAUCGAAAAAUUUAAAGAAAGAGUCCAUGAAACUGUUCACUACUUGUUGAAUAACAGUCUCAAAGAUCGCCGAAAUGACCGCAUUUCCGAGAAUGCAAAGUUGGUUUUAAAAAAGAUAGACAGAGCUUACCCAACUGUAGUAGAUCACGAAUCUAUUGAAGAUGAAGACAUUUUAGCUGCUUUAAAUCGUCACUGGACAGAAGAAGACGUUAAUACUUUAAUGACACCUAAAGUUGCAAAAAUCUUUUCCAACUUUGUAUUGCAUGAACUGAGAGGGAUAGAAAGGGAAAUGGACAAAGAAGGUGAUGAUUUCAAUCCUGAUAGACCACCCUACUAUUUCUUAUUUCGAUCAAUGAACUACUCAAAUGUAACCAUAAAAAAUCUGGCUACUCUUUUGUAUAAACGUUAUCAGAUCAUCGUAUUUAAAGACAUUUGUCGGAAAUACACAAUAUCCAGUCCUUUAUACUUUUUGAGAGAGUGUGAAGUUUUAUUCCUAAAGAGUAUCAGAAUAAAGAACCAUCGUGAUACAUUGCAAUACAAACCGGUUAUCUUAAAUUUCUAUUUUAGAAUGAACGAACGAGACCUGAAAGAUUUUCGCCAAAACAUAAUAAAAAAUCCACACAAUGUAUCAGUGACUAAAGGGUUUUACACAUUUAUAGGUUAUCAAGCUAAAGGGGAUCAUAUACCUUCAUAUGUUAGGGCAGCAGCCACGGAUUUGAAACAAGCGAUAGAUAAUGCUGGUAAAAACCCUUUCCCUACACCUAAACCCACACGUCCUCGUCGUCGUAAUUACUAUGAUGAUGAAUACUAUGAUGAUGAAUACUAUGAUGAUGAAUACUAUGAUGAUGACUACUAA